GAAACACUUUCAGUUUCAUUCUGAAUAAAGUACGCAGGUUACACCCAGGGUUUGGGCUGGGCAGCAGUAACCCACCUUAUCUCAACUCACGGUCGGGUCGGCAUUUACUUGGAGUGGUGGCAGUUAUGCGGUCUUCUGCAACAAACUUUAUUUUGCAUCAGUAGGAAAAGCCAGUCAACUACUUCCCUGAAUUAUCCUUAUAAGGUGAAGCUUGCAACCCUCCUGCAUUUGCUGUUGCUGUGUGAUGGCACCAAUUUGUCUAAUUGAGGCCUUGCCUUCUGGUGGUUGGAGGGUGAACGAUUCUGCUCUGUGUAUUCUGAAAAAUGUCCAGCAGCCUGUGCAGGUCAUUGCGAUAUUCGGUCCUAAAGGGACUGGGAAGUCCUUUUUAAUGAACAAGAUAGCCGAGACUCAACAAGGGUUCCGACUGUCCUUGCCUGGAGGUCCUUGCACUGAAGGAAUAUGGAUGCUGUGUUUCCCUCAUCCAAGUUUAAAGGAGCACCACUUAGUUCUCCUUGACAUUGAAGGAUUUGACACAGAAAAGGGUGACAAGAGGAAAGAAAUCAAAUUAUUCAUUCUUGCUGUCCUGCUCAGUAAUGUGUUUAUAUACAACACACAGGGAGGAGUGACACAGGAAGAACUGCAGAAGCUGAUUUACGUAAAAGAGCUUCCACAUCUGGUAAAGGCAGCAUCUGAUGAAGAGACGAACACAUGCCUUCUGGCUAGCCUUUUGCCACAUUUUAUCUGGUGUUCUCGGGAUACCAUUCUAGAUCUGAAUAUGGGAGAGGAAAUCCUGACACCGGAGGAUUACCUCAAUGAUGUUCUGAAUGCAAGACAGGGAGCUGAAUCAUCAGUGUGCUGGAUAAAUAAACUGUUCCUUCAGCCAAGACUUUAUGACAUCUGUGAACCAUGUCCCACUGCUAGAUUUGUCAACCUUGAUUCAUUGCCUGAGGACCAACUAGCGUUUCUCUUCAAAAAACAAGUGCAGACACUGAAGGAAUAUAUUUUUAACAAGGGAACAAAGACUAUAACUGGUGGGGAAAAGGCCACUGGCCAAAUGUUGGCCUGUUUGGUGGAGUCCCUUACCAGCAGCCUAUCAGAGGGAGAUGUAGUUCCACUGGACAAAGUGUUUGAAAGGGUAGCCUGGAAGGAGGUAUGUUGUUACUGCUGUUGUUAUUGGAUAUCCUUGGAAUAA